AUGCCUAUUCAGUCACAUACUUGUCCCAUCUUGAAUUGGGCCAAAGACAAAGUGAACUUCUCCAUCUCUCGAGAUGACCCCACAUGCUUCGACAACACCAUGCUGAGUGAACUGCAGCUCGCUAGAGACGAAAUUGGCCUGACCCCUCAUCAGCUCUGGCAAUGCCAACUCAACGCCGCACGCUCAUGUUUCCUGCCCGAAGACGAAAAAGAACCACUUGUUGCGAGAAUUCUUGCAGCCGAGCCUAAAGCUUAA